AGAUAUACAACGUUUUCGCACCGGUGGGGAGAUGACGAGCCAGCCUACUCUGCGAAAAGCACGCUUAAGGGUAAAGGUACCGGUUACAAGAAACUUGUCCAAUUCUUGAACAAGACCUUGGAACGGGGAAUCAUGUUUGCUUGGACCGACACCUGCUGUAUUGACAAGAGCAGCAGCGCCGAGCUUGAUGAGGCGAUCCGGUCGAUGUUCCGCUGGUACCAGAAUUCGACCCUUUGCAUUGUUCAUUUGGCGAAUACCGACCAGGUAGAAAGUAUUCACACGGAGGAAUGGUUUAGGCGUGGCUGGACGUUACAGGAACUUCUUGCGCCACCGCGGGUCAAGUUCUUCAACAAGAACUGGACACCGAUAUGCCCAACUGGGGACGACAAGAGGCCCAACGAAAAAUCGCAUUUUGGCAUGUUCCCCCACAUCCUGGAGACACCGGUAGCGGAAAAAAUGGCAUGGGCCGCCAACCGAAUCACGACCCGAGGAGAGGACAUGGCGUAUUCUCUAAUGGGCAUACUGAAUGUCAGUAUGCAGACGGCAUAUGGAGAGGGAAGAGAUAGAGCAUUUCGCCGGCUGUUUCAGGCCAUUGUCGAAGAAACGGAUGAUUCAUCUGUACUUUGUUUUGACAGCGUUUGCUGGCCGCACUCACCAGCCGACUACAAACUUAAAGAUAGCACGGCAGAGUUCCCCCCGCGAGACGGCGACGGCUACCCGUAUCAAAGACAUCUCCUAUCGUCCAUGACAGUAGCGCUGGGUCGUAUUCGCAUCAAAGCUCUGAUUUUAGAGCUGGACUGCGAUGAAGAUGAAGGACCUGAAGUCCGUUGUCCUGUCCUCAACAAUGCCGUUGUAGAGGUUCCCAAGAACUUGGAUAAACCUUCGCACAUGCCGAUGACGGCUCUCAAUCUGGGGGUCAUCACUUACUAUCCCGUCAAAGAAAGGUCAAGGAUAGCGUUGCCGGCCAUCACCACCCUUUAUUUUGUUCGGUCUCCGUGCCCUCGGACACUGCCGUUUUUGGAUUUGACAGGAGACACCCGGCCGAUCCUGACAGUGAAUUUUUAG